GGUUGUUGGAUGUGUUUGUGUUUCGUUCCUACCCAUGUUCCGAUGCUCGGCGGUCAUAAUUCAAUCCUCGGUUGUUGCUGACGUUCCCUUCACAUGAACCGCUGAUCUGGACCAGACACCGCAUCGCCGAUGGGCCUCCGCGGCACUAUCUACCUCAUUUACACGAAGACAGUAUCGCAGCGGCGGAUUACUUGAGUAAUGAGCGCGAUCGAGAACGGAGCAAGGCUGCGAAAUUUGGCUAAAUGUCGAAGCUGCAAAUAGUGACCUGCGGUGAAAGUGUGUUCCUUGCGGAUAGUGCUCGCAGGUACUCAGUGUAAUUGGCGGUUAAAGUGUAAAUAGAAAGAAGAAAGGAUUGUGUUUUUCAGUUGUCGUUAACAUUUGCUACCGUCCGCGAUGGAUGCCUCCGAACACGAGGAAGCCCAAGUGCUCUACAGUGCCAGGAAUGGUCCGGAAAUUGUGCAAAACAUAAACGCCAACGUCCGCAAGCAAACGAGAUGGACAUUUUGGUUGAUCACUGCCGGCAUUUCCACAACCUUUGGAGCUGCAGUCCCUACGGGAUACAACAUAGGCGUUAUAAAUGCACCGGCAAACGUUAUUAAAAGUUGGUGCAACGAAACCAUUUACGAAACAUACGGCACCGUGUUCACGGAGGGCAACCUGGAGACGUUUUGGUCGGCUGUCGUGUCCAUUUUUCUCAUCGGCGGAGUAAUCGGUUCGCUGGGAGGUGCAUGGGUCGCCGAUAAACUUGGGCGAAAGCGCUCGUUCCUUCUUUGUGGCUUUUUGCUGGUGGUCGGAGGACUGUGCUUCCAGUUUACUAAAGCGGUCAGCUCCGUUGAGCUGCUGAUGAUUGGGCGUAUCGUCGUGGGCCUCGCGGCUGGACUGACCACCAGCACCAUUCCCAUGUACCUGACAGAGCUAGCUCCGCUAGGGCUCCGUGGCGCCCUCGGAGUACUCUGCUCGAUGGGCGUCACGGGUGGCGUGGUGGUUGGCCAGGUGAUGAGUCUGGAGGAAGUGUUCGGCACGGAAGCCCACUGGCAGUUUGCGCUCAGCUUUUACGUGAUUCUCGUGGUCGCCUUUUUCGUACCGUACCACUGGCUGCCCGAAAGCCCAAAGUAUCUGUUCGUUAUCCGACGGCGGCAGGACGAGGCGGUCAACGAACUGAAGCGUAUCGUUGGCCGCAAAGUGCGCGAUGAGUACGUCAAACAGCAGGUGGAAGCGAUGCGCAAGGAAUGCACAACGGACAAUCAGCUCGAGUGCGGAGAGGAAGCCAGAGCAGAAAAAUCCAAAGAACGGACGCUUAUAUCGGUCAUCCGGGAUCCUGCCUUACUGCUUCCGCUUGUGCUAGUGUGUGCCUUACAGGGUGGUCAGCAGCUAUCCGGCAUUAAUGCGGUGUUUUUCUAUUCUGUUUCCAUAUUCGAAUCGGUCGGGUUGAGCUCCACGGAUGCCAAGUUUGCAAACUUGGGCGCAGGUUGUCUGAACCUUUUUGUCGCAUUCUUCAGCCCAAUCUUGAUGGCAAAAUUCAACCGUCGAUUCCUGGCACUUACAUCUUGCUCGAUGUGUGCCAUCUUUCUCUUCUGUCUUACUUUUAUCGUAUACUUUAUCGACGACGUUGAAUGGUUUUCCUACGCCAGUAUCGUGGCCAUUCUGCUCUACAUACUCUUCUACCAGAUUGGCCUCGGUCCGAUCCCAUACUUUAUUGGUUCCGGUAAGGCUUUUCCGAAGAAGAUCACCAUUUUCGGUACACUUCUAAAACCCCUGAUUGUGUUGUUUUCGAUUUCAGAACUGUUUGAAGUUGGACCGCGACCAGCGGCGAUGGCAAUGGGUAGUUUAGCAUCGUGGGGAUGCAACUUUAUAGUGGCGAUGCUCUUCACCACGCUUCAGAACGCCUGGGGGGCUUUCGUGUUUCUUCCCUUCAGCUUCACGUGUGUCGCACUUACACUGCUGCUGAAGUUCUACCUUCCCGAGACGCGCGGUGUACACAUCUCACAGAUUGUGCCACUCGUCGCGCAAGGAUUCCGCUCCAAGCCGCUAGUGCCUUAACGAGCAGCUGACCAUGAUAACUGACUGAAAAGACAAAACCAAUGCUAUUACACUGAAGCAAGUUGUGAUUAGCUUAUUCGUGCUCACGCAGCGCGAAGAAAAUAUUCGAACAAACAAUAAGUGGCUUAAAGGUAAACUUAAGUUUAGCGUCUGUUAACAUAUACUUAGUUUAAGUUGAUUGAUGGUGGCUAGGGCAGUGAAAAGUACGUUUCUGUGUGAACGGAGAACAGGAAUACAGCAAACU